GUCACUAAUAAAUGCGUCCCUCUAAAGUCUGAACACUCACCAAAAACACUCACCAGGCCCCUCUUAUUUUUUCUUCAGUUAUUCAUAGAUCAAUCUAAGAAAUUAGAAAUGCCUGAGUUAACAUUUCCUGGAAUCCAAUCUGCUUCAGCGAAAAGAUUGGAGGGAAAAGUGGCGAUCGUAACUGGAGGCGCGAGAGGAAUCGGGGAGGCGACAGUACGUCUGUUCGCGGCCCACGGAGCCCAUGUAAUAAUCGGUGACGUGGAGGACGAUCUCGGGAAUUCGCUCGCUCGAGCGCUCUCCCCCAACGUGUCCUACGUCCAUUGCGACGUCGCCUCGGAGGCCGACAUCGAGUCCCUUGUGGGGUCCGCGCUGUCGAAGCACGGCCGGCUCGACAUCAUGUUCAACAACGCCGGCAUCCUCGGCAACCAGUCAGCAUCCCGCAAGACCAUCCUCAAUUUCGACGCGGAGGAGUUCGACCGGAUCAUGGCCGUCAAUGUCAGGGGCACCGCCCUCGGAAUGAAGCACGCCGCCCGCGCCAUGGUGGCCGGCGGCAAAGGUGGCUGCAUCAUAUCGACGACGAGCGUGGCUGGGGUGAUGGGGGGAUUGGGGCCCCACGCGUACACGGCAUCCAAACAUGCGAUCGUGGGGCUAACGAAAAACGCGGCCUGCGAGCUCGGCAAGCACGGGAUAAGGGUCAACUGCAUCUCGCCGUUUGGGGUGGCCACGAGGAUGCUGGUGGAGGCGUGGAGGAAGGACGGUUGUGUCGUGACUGCGGAAGAGGAAGUGGAGAACACGGAGGAGUUUGUGAGGUCAGUGGCGAAUUUGAAGGGGGAGACACUAAGGGCGGAUCAUAUAGCCGAGGCGGCACUUUUCCUUUCGAGUGACGAGUCGAGGUACAUUAGCGGCCACAAUCUCGUGGUUGAUGGCGGUGUUACCACCUCUAAGAACAUUGUCGGUUUGUAAUUUUUUUAAGUGUCGGUUUGUGUGUUUCUAGUUUUACAGUAAGUAUGCCAAAGUACGAUUGAUUGUCUAAGGCUUAAUGGAGGGAGGGAAGCUUGGUUGAGAUCAGGUGAAGCUCCAUAAAAAAUUACAGAUAUGGUAUUAUUGACACACAAGCAAGCAUAUUUAGGUAAUAAAUCCAGAUGAAUCGAUAUUAUGUUUGCGCGACUAUAACAAAAUG